AUGGCAUCGAAUGACGAUAUGCUUAAGAUGUUCUUUGAUGAGGAUUUUAUUCCCCAAGCAUUUGUGGACGUUUUACUUUCUUCUCAGAAUACGCAAUUGAAUGAGCUACGUGUUGUCUCGUCUUCGCUAUUGUCAAAGCUUGAUUAUUACACUGGUCGCCUAACUCAGGAGCUAGAGGUAUCAAUUGAAAAUUUACAGAAGCCUGCAGAGCCUUUAGCAUAUCUUUCAACUGCAUCUGAGUCAGGAAAAACAACAAAAUUGGAGUACUAUCUGGACACUUUGGCCAAUUCGGUCAAAACACUGGAGGGUGAUAUUUCGAAGGUUACAAAACAACUAAAUGACAUGAAAGUAAUCAAUGAAGAGAGUCAAAGGACUGUUAAAAAAAUAAAGGAUCUUGAGAAUGUAAAGCUAAAAUUAUCAAAAGUUUUAGACGUUUUUGAGAAGGUCAAAUCUCUUGUGGUGAUAUCAAUGGGCUCGGACAAACAGAAUGAAAAUAUACCAAGCAUUCCAAUUACAGACUUUAAGCUCUCCCUGAAGACAAUGCAAGAUGCUAUUAAUUCUAGUCUGAAAAGUGCUAGCACUAAUGAGUCCUCAGAUGAAAGAAACGAAGAGCUUCUGCAGAAGAUUAACUUCUUCGUUGAAAUGAAGCCGAUAUUCAAGGGCCUGACCAAGUUUUACCCUGCUUAUAGCGAAUUUGUAGAGCAGAUAAAAGCGGGAAUGCAGGUUUACUUGCAGGGAAAAGAUAUUGAAGCUGAAUUCAUGACAUGA